AACUGGUGUUUACAUUGGAAUUAAAGAUUACCCAAAUAAAAUGAUAAAUGAUGAAGAUGAAGACGAAAAAUCGCAUUUAGACUUAAAAAAAGAAAAAUUAAUAAAAUAUAUAGGAUUUUCUUAAUCACAUUAAUUAUUAAUGUAAAAUAAAACUAUUUCCUCAAAACCAGAAGAAAGUAUUACUGCUGGUGUUUUUAGAGAAAAAUAAAUAAAUAAUCCAGAUGACGAAUAAAAUUAAUAAAAUCAAAAUUAAUAAUAAUAAUAAAAUUAUGUUUAUAUACCUGAACUAGAUAAAGAGUUAAAAAUGCAAUAUUUUAAAUUACCAAAGCUCGGUUCUUUUAUAGCUUUCCCUUUAAUAUUUUUCUCAUAUUUGAAAGAAGAAUUUUUUAAUGAUUUACUUCUUAAAAAAUAAUUAUAUUUAUAGUCUCUAGAAAAAUGGGAAACAGAAAAAAAAACCAAAGAAAAAGAAAUUCUUUAAGAAAUCGAAAAACUAAAAGAAUAACCUUAAUUAGCCAAUGAAAAAGAAAUUGAACUUCAGAAUUUCCUAAACGAAUAUUCUUAACCGCCUUAAGAUCCUGAACCUUUGUUCGAACUUAAAGAAUACGUACUUUGUGCGGAUACCAUGGGUUAAGAUAGGCCUUUAAAAUAGGAAGAAAUAACUUAUUUGGAAGAUUAUGUUAUCUUAUUUGCCAAUAGUUGGGAAGAAAUGGAAAGAAAGAUCCUCUUAAAAGAUGUCGAUUUGUAGAUAAAAUACUUAUAAGAACUUCCUAUUGACCUAAUAGAGAAAUACGAUACAUAAGAAGCAUAUAUAGAAGAAGAAACAAAGCAAUAAAUUGAUGAAAUGAAAGAAGGAAAUGAAAAAAAUUACCAAUUUUAAAUUGAUAAUAUAAAAUUAUAAAAACUUAAAUUAUAAAUAUGUGAAGACGAAGAUUUAAAAAAACACAUUUUUUAUCUUAAAAACUUCAGAAUUAUAAAAUUCCCAAAAAUACUCUAAAAUAUAUUUUAUUUAUUAGGCUAUAAAAGAGAAUCUAUUAAUAUAGAAAAUACACACAUUUUAGACUGGAAAAAGACUAAAGAAUUUAUAAAUGAAAACGACUUUUUUUAAAAAAUUUUAAAUUAUUAACAUUAAGGGCCUAAAAGUUUUCCUGUUGAAAUUUAUGCUUUAAUAAAUAGAAUUUAAUCAAAACUAGAAAAAUUUAAUUUAUAGGAAGUUUAUAAUUAUAAUAUUGGAUUAGGAAGACUUUUUAAAUGGGCUAUGGAAACUUGUAGACUUAGGAAAAUAGAUAUUGAAAUCAGGAGAUAGAUUAUAGCUGAAAAUAUAUAAGAAAUAGAAAAAAAAACAUUAGAAUUAGAUGUUUGGAAUAAUGAAUUAAAUAAUAAACUAUAAGAAGCAAUUAAUAUUGCUUAAGCUAAUGCUUUGGCUUAGUAAACUUCUUAAGGAGAAGAAAAUAUUUAAGAAAUUAUACCUUUUAAUGAAAUAGAAUGGAAAACCAAAUUUGAAGAAGAAAAUAUUAGACCUGUAGUACCUGAAAAGUUACCGGAAGAAGAAGAUAUAGAUUAUGAAUUUUGA